AUGAAUCUUGUGAAGAGCCUUAAUGGGGCGCACGAAGUUCAAACUGAGGUGGGAGUAGUGUGUCGCAAGAUCAGGAAACUUUUGUUGGAGGCAGGAGGAGGGGAUUGGAAGUAUGCUAAUCGUAAGGCAAAUGAAGCAGCACAUGUUAUGGCUCAUACGAGAACUAGUUGGGAUGAGACGGUUAUAUGGUUUGAUAGACCACCUGUUUUUCUGAUUAAUCAGCUGCAGCUGGAUGAUGUAACAGUUUCAGUUGAUUAA